AUGGAAAAGCCAUUGGUAGCCAAGGGGGAUUUGAAGAAAGGUCCCUCGCAGACAAUAAAAGAAUCUGCAUCGAAUGGAAAGUCGGUCAACGAAACUACUGAAUGUCCAUACGAAGAAGCUCCACUCUAUAGGAAAAUCAUCUAUGACUUCAUUCUUUACCUGUUAACGAAUAUUUUCGACUGUUUCUUCAGAGAAAUAAGGUCUCGAGGAGGGUUUAAAGUGCCCAAGCAGGGUCCUGUGAUCUUUGUUGCCGCACCACAUGCUAACCAAUUUAUCGAUCCAGUUAUCUUGAUGGGCCAGGUGAAGAAGGCUGUCAAUAGACGAGUUUCCUUCCUGGUUGCUGAAAAAUCGCUGAGAAGGAAAGCAGUGGGCUUUCUGGCACGCUGUGUGAUGUCGAUUGGUGUUAUAAGGGCCCAGGAUAAGCUCAAACCAUCUAGAGGAAAGAUUACUGUGGAUCCGGAGAACCCUCGGAGGAUCAUUGGACAUGGUACGUUUUUCACCACCGAUUGCAGUCCCAAAGGUCUUCUGGGACUGCCUAAAUCUAUGGGAAAUGUUGAAGUAGACACUAUUGAGAGCGAUACGGUACUCACAAUUAGAAAAGAGUUCAAGAUGGGGAAGCCAGAGGUUAUGAGUGCCUUGACCAAGGGUACACCGUUCAAGUAUGCUGACAAAGUGAACCAGUCUCAUGUUUACCACAAAGUUUUUGAACACUUGGCUCAUAACCAGUGUAUUGGUAUCUUUCCCGAAGGUGGUUCUCACGAUAGAACCGAUCUUUUGCCGCUAAAAGCCGGUGUCGCGAUCAUGGCCCUCGGAUGCAUGGACAAGCAUCCUGACGUUAACGUGAAAAUUGUUCCAUGUGGUCUGAACUAUUUUCAUCCCCAUAAGUUUAGAUCCAGAGCUGUUUUGGAGUUCGGUGAUCCCAUUGAGAUACCUUUCGAAUUGGUAGCCAAAUAUAGAAACCCAGAGACCAAUAGAGAAGCUGUCAAAGAGAUGUUGGAUACUAUCUCCGAAGGGCUGAAAGCCGUGACCGUUACAUGCUCCGACUAUGAAACUUUGAUGGUCGUUCAAGCCAUGAGACGGCUGUAUGCUGGUCAAUUAUCCUCCAGAUUGCCUUUGCCCAUGGUCGUUGAAAUGAACAGAAGACUGGUUAAAGGAUAUCAAACCUACAGAGACGAUCCCAAAAUUGUUGCUUUGAAAAAGGAUAUUAUGACAUAUAAUGCGCACUUGCGUCAUUAUAAUUUACCAGAUCACCUCGUUGAGACGGCAAGGAUAAAUUUUAUCAGAAACUUUAGCUUACUGGUUUUCAGAUCCAUUCGUUUGUUAGUCUCCCUCAUUUUGGCUUUACCUGGCAUCAUAAUGUUCUCACCAGUGUUUAUUAUUGCUAAAAGAAUCUCAAAGAAGAAGGCUGCCGAAGCUCUUGCCGCAUCAACAGUUAAGAUCAAGGCAAACGACGUUAUAGCUACUUGGAAAAUCUUGAUUGGAAUGGGAUUCGCGCCUUUGCUAUACAUUUUCUGGUCUGUUUUAAUCACAUAUCACCUCAAGGAUAGGUAUGCUAACAAAGUAUUAACCUUUUGCAUCUCCUAUAUUUCAUGCUGUGCAGUGACAUAUUCGGCGCUUAUCAUUGGUGACAUUGGUAUGGAUAUCUUCAAAUCUCUAAGGCCCCUGUACUACUCCAUCACCUCUCCACAGGGUUUGAAAAACCUAAAGAAAGAAAGGGCCAUACUAGAAAGAAAGAUUACUGAAAUUGUGAAUACGUUUGGGCCAGAACUAUUCCCAGAUUUUGACGCUGACUCUUUGCGUGACGAAUAUGAGGCUGACGAAGAAGAAGAAGAUCGCAAGACUGCUGAAUUGAAAAGAAGAAGGCUAGUUAGACAUAAGAAAGGGAAAAAAUCUGAAGAAGGCUCAAGGAAGGGCCGGGAUCUUGACGAGGAGCCGGAGGUGGUUGUCGAUCACACCGAGUCUGAUGCCGUCUCGUUAGUGAACAGCGAUAACACACUAUCCAAUAUUCCACUAUUCUCAACCAAUGGAGGAAGGUCCGAGACCUCACUUUCGUCUUAUAUGUCGGGAGAAUCCUCUGGUUCCGAAUUCUUUGUCGAAGAGAAAACCACAUCGAAGAAUGGACUCGCUGACAAGAUCGCUCAGGCUGUUUGGGACAAAAGAGGUUCUGCUGAUGGCCAAUUAGGCGGCUUAGCCUCGGAGACGCAAGAGAUGUAA